AAGGUGAGGGAUGGUGCCAUCGGUGUCGGGUAGAUUUGCACGAGAACACCCGCAUUUCGAUGCACCGCCCUCUUGCCACUUGCAUAUUUUUUUACAAUCAUACAACCAUGCGUCGCCCGUUACAGUGCGGGUACGAGAGGAUGGUCAACACGAGCAAGUCGGUGGAGCAAAAUGCGGCCCCGUUCAUUUCCAACUUCGUACAUUCAAUCCAGAAACGGGAUAGUCACUUGCUGGCAUCAGCGACACAAGUCUGCCGAAUUUGUAUUGCCCCCAGUGAGCAAGCCAUGCGAUUGCUUCUGGUCCUGGCUGGCAAUCUCUUUGUGUGGUGCAUUCACUCGACUCUCCGGACGACUCCAUGGUGUAUCAAUAUCAAGAUACUCGGCCUUCUCCAGUCGCUUGGCUUUCCGGCACUGUGAGCACACCUGGAGAUCGAGUCGCUUGAAUCGCCGUGGCUGGGUGGUGUCCUUGAUUCAAACACUGAAUGGUCAUGGCCAGUGCACGAUGUUUUGAGGCAACAAAUUAUUUGUUCAGCGACGAAAGUCCGGGGUGUCCCGGUAUUUAUUGGAUUGGCUGUAAUUGGGUCGUUUACAUGAUUGCCACCCAUCCCGAGGUUGAGGAAAAGCUCCGCUAUGAAAUCGAGACUGUGCUUGCCAAGGGCAAUGGCACCAUUGACGAGAAGUCUGUCGGCGAGCUCAAGUACACCCUUGCCGUUCUCAAGGAGACACUGCGCGUGUAUUCUUCUGCUCCUCUUUUCACCAAACAAUGCACUCGAGAUACAUUUGUUGGACCCUACCUCAUCAAGAAGGAUACCUCCAUUCUCUUCCACGCCAUCAGCACCCACCGUAAUCAGGCUGUCUGGGGCGCCAAUCCUGAGGUGUUCAACCCCGACAACUUCCUGCCCCAGAACGAGUCCAAGCGUCCUCAGUACUCGUACAUUCCCUUUGGAACUGGUCCUCGUGCCUGCAUUGGCUCUCAAUUCGCCCUGAUCGAAGCCAGAAUUGUGAUUGCCCAUCUCCUGCACAACUUCAAGUUCACGAUUUCCGAUGACGCCGAGCCUGUCCUUCAGGUCAAGCUGGCCCUUCGUCCUCAUGGAAUUCGCGUCCACCUCAGCGAGCCCGGACCCAUCGACCUCACCAAGGCCCCUGCUCCUGCCCCCGCUCCUGCCAGUGCCCCGGCUCCUUCUCCCAAAGUUACUCUGGAUCUGGAUACUGCCAAACCCGCCAGCUCCAACCGCAGCUUUGUUAUCCAAUCCGAGGCCGAUCGACUCGAUGUUGGCGAGGUCCUCGUGCUGUUCGGCACCAACAUGGGCACCAGCGAAGACGUCGCCCGCAACAUUGCCGACUCGGCCGUCAAGCUGGGCUUCAAGCCCACUGUCGCUUCUCUCGAUACCUAUGCCAACGAGAAGCUCUUUGGCUUCAAGUUUGUCAUCGUCGCGACCUCGACCUACAAUGGCAACCCACCCGACAAUGCCAAAAAGUUUGCCAAGUGGAUUUCUGCCCAGGGACAGAGUUCCCUCAAGGACACCAUCUUUGCCAUCUAUGGCGUUGGAAACAAGCAGUGGAAGACCUACCAGGACUUUCCUCGUUUUGUCGAGACCUCCCUCGUCAACCUUGGCGCCACUCCUCUCCUGGAGCGCGGUGCCGGCGAUGUGGAUGGCGACUUUGACACCGACACGCUCAAGUGGACCAGCCUCUUCUGGGCCAGCGUUGCCUACACCUUCAAGAUCUCUGGAUCAGAUGUCAGCAACGUCGUUGAUCCCUCGCCCGCCUCCAACAGCAUCGAAGUCACCUGGGCUGGCAAAGCUACCGAUGCGUUCCUGCAGAACUUCCAAAACUCUGACAACAAUAUCAGCAGCCACUUGGGCCGCUUUCGAUACAUUGUCAAGAGCAAGACCCUGCUUACCAAGCCCGGCGCUGUCAAGGAUGCUUGGUCGAUCGUGUUGGAGAUUCCCGCCUCCGAAACCAACAAGUACACUGCCGGGGACCACUUUGAGGUGUAUCCCCGCAACACCGAGGAGGAUAUCCGCAGAAUCCUGCCCAGUCUGGACUUGGCCGGCCACGGCAUCGACGAGAUCGUCAAGCUGUCCAACACCAACUCGAUUGCCAAGCGCGAGCUGCAGAUCUUUGACACUGAGAUCCCCCUUCGCUACGUUUUCAACGGCGUCGACAUUCGAACUGCCCCGACUCGCAACUUCCUCAAGUUCCUGUCGGGCUGCACCGAGUGUCCCCCCGAGAAGAACGCCCUCCUGCUGCUCGCCGGCACGGACGAGGCCUCGCUCCGAGCCUACACCGAGCAGAUUGCCAAGACCAAGGCCUCCAUCGCCGACGUGAUCGAGCGCUUCAAGAGCCUUCGCAUCCCUCUUGGCCAGUUCCUCGAGAAUGUUCCUCUCCAGAAGCCCAGACUGUACAGCAUCGCAUCGAGCAACCUCAUCACCCCAACCACGGCCGAGCUCUGCAUCGGCGUGCUGAACGAGGAGCACCACGACCUGAAGGGCCAGUCUGUGGUGUACAAGGGCCUGUCUUCCAACUUCCUCGCUGGACUCGAGGUCGGCGGCCCUCUCCUUGGCCACAUUCGUCCUCACGGCUCGGCGUUCAAGCUGCCCGAGGAUCCCAAGGCUCCCAUUGUCCUGGUCUGCGCCGGCACUGGCUUUGCCCCCAUGCGGUCCUUCCUCGAGGAGCGCAAGGGCCUCAAGCAGAAAGGCGUCGAGCUCGGCGAGGCCACCCUCAUCUUUGGCUGCCGCCAUCCCGACCAGGACGCCCUCUACUCGAGCGAGCUGCAGGCCCACCUCGAGUCGGGCGUGCUGACCCGCCUCGAGUACGCCUUCUCUCGCUUCGGCGGCCAGAAGGAGUACGUCCAGACGCUGAUCGUCAACAAGACCGAUCUGGCCGAGCAGCUCUGGACCGGCAUCAGCUCGCGCGGAGCCCAUAUCCUCCUCUGCGGCAGCACUGCUCUGGGCACGGCCGUCCGCGAGAGCUUCGUCAAGAUUGUCGAGCGCUUCGAUGGCCGCGGCAAGGAACGAGCCGAGCAGUACAUUGCUGCCCUGGCCGAGGCUGGCCGCUACGUCGUCGAUGUCUGGGGCUAAUCGCACCGCAUCCAGCAAGCCAGUUUGCCCGACACGAGCAUCUCGGUUGCCUUGCAUGGGAAACCGCCCGCGGCCAGCAGAUUCCGAUAGAAGGAAAUACAUUUGGCCGAGCAAUCCGCUG